AAACCGAUCCCAAAAUUAACGCCAUUUCCCGAACUCGAAAGAAGUCUGCCCCGCAAUAGCCUCCCUCUCUCUCUCUCUCUCUCUCUCUCUCUCUAAAGUCUAAACAUGAAAAAUCCGAGGAAUUUAGAAAUCCCAACAUUUUGCGCGUCCUUAUGACUGGGGAGCCCUUGUUUUCGAGACUUUCGGCUUGCUGAUAUCACGAUUUGCCAAACGCGCACCGGUCUGCCCGCGUCGACGCAACUCGUGUUGGAGGAGAGGGAAAAAGAGAGGGAAAAAGUGAGAAAAAGAACCCUAGAAAUUUCCGUCCGUCGACACCGUCGGACGUUCGAACGCCACUCGACGAGGUCCCCGGCCAGGGGAGGGUGCCCUGCCCGUCCUUCUUCCUUCCCUCGCUGCUUGAGGCUCGCGAGGCGCGUGGAAACAAGGGUUAGGGUUUGUGGGACGUAAGGUUUGGGGGAGGGGGUUGAGAUGGAGGCGGUCUAUGGUCAGUGCUGGGGAUGAACGGAUGUCAUCGGGAGGAGGCGAUGCCUCGGGGCGCCGGUGGCGGUGCCGCCUCGGAGAUGUCGGGCCGCUCGGCCGGGAUGGACUUGUAUGCGCAGGCGCGGAAGGCGCUCUCUGAGAGGUCGCCGUUCGAGACGCCCGAGGAGGCCGCUAGGAUCCCCUCGCUGCCAGCCCGUCUCUCGGCCUUCUUGUCGAGGUUCGCGGGCGAGAACAGUCGGCGGAAGCAUCGGAGGUCGCAUCACAAGGCGGAAGCUGGCGAGGGCCCUCAUGGCCCGAACGCGACGGCCAAGAGCAUUUGGCCAACGAUGGAUGAGUAUUUCCGUCCUAUUACGUUAGGGGACAUUGAGACGCUCGUGCCCCUGUCGAGGAUUGAUUUCUUGCUUGGGGACGGCCCCGUUGAUCAAUGCUUCCUGAAUCCUUCCCCUGACAUUGGCGCCAGAGGCCAGGAAUUUGAUCGAGAGUGCAGUGCGAACACUUCGUUCCAAGCUGUUGGGAGUGGUGCUGGCGCGGAGGAAGAGGAGAAUAAGCGCGUUCUAGCUGCGGAAGAGUUGGGCCCAACUGUUUCCGUUGAAGCCGACACGGAAGAGAAGCCGAUGACACUGAUUUCGAAUUCUGAUGCGAAUGGAACGGGCUUGGAACAGGCGAACGAUGACCAUCCCUUGGAAAUUGAUACACCAGUUCCAGUUAGAGUAUUGGAGAAUGGCAAUGUCGACUCGCACUGUAAAAGUGGGAGCGAGGGUGGUUUGCCCACCGAAGUCGGAGAGGAGCCUUUGUUGGAAAAGGGAAAAGGAAGGGGAGGAAGGGUAAGCAAGAGGAAGCUCAGGGGCGAUCAGGCAAGUGUGCCUCGAGGGCAGCGGGUUCUGACUCGCUCUAUGUUCCCCCAAGCGGGUUUCGUUAAUCCUGGUCGCAUUGAAGACUCUGUGGUUGGUGGUUUCAGCUCUGGUGCUGGCUGCCGAGUGCGGUUGUUCCAGUCGAGUGAUGUUGCGCAGCUAGUGAGCUCUACGAGUAAGGUCAUCCCACCGAAGCGGAGUAUUAAGAAGAGGGGUCUUUCAGAAAAUGACCCCGGAGUGGAGAAGUUGGUGGUUUCUCAUCCGAAGAGUGGGGAUGAUGUCCGUACCCGUUGCCACGUCUGCUGUAUCAGCACCGGCGAGGAAACUAAUCGGAUUCUAUCGUGUGCUUCAUGCCACCUUGCAGUUCAUCAGAAAUGCUAUGGAGUGAGUGAAGUUCCGGCCGGGCGGUGGUUGUGUUCUUGGUGUUCACAUAACACCAGUUUACGCGCGAAGCAUGGCGAGAGGCUAAAAUCCAAUCUGGCUGGCAGGCUAUCGGUCGAAGAUGGUGCAGCGAAGCCUUGCGUUCUUUGUCCGAAUAGCGGAGGCGCCUUAAAACCCAUUACCUUGGCCGACGAUGAGCAUGACAACUCGGUACCAAGGUUCUCUCACUUGUUCUGCUGUUUGUGGAUGCCCGAGGUACAUGCUGAGGACCCAGAGACCCUGGAGCCGAUUGUGAAUACUGAGAGGAUAAAGGAGAACUACAAGAAACUGCCUUGUGCUGUGUGCAAGGUUAAAUAUGGAGCUUGCAUUCUCUGCAGUAAUGCUUCAUGCAGAACAUCUUUUCAUCCUUUAUGUGCUCGUGAAGCAAAACAAGGGCUUGAGAUACGGCGGAAGGUUGGCUCCAGUGAUGUUGAGUUGCUCGCAUUUUGCUCAAGGCAUUCUCCUGUCCGGGAUUUCAAAGUGCCGAAAUCCGGAUACCAUGUGCCUGGCACUGUGGAAGACCGGCCAUUGGCUAAGCUUUCAUCUGGCUUGUCUGCAAAUGGACUGCGAAAAUCCAAGAACAAGAUGAAGAUAAAAAAAGCGAAACUAAAAGGAUCUCAGUUGGACAGUAUAGUUGAUGAAAAGCGUUCCGAAAAGGUAGCCAAAGAUCAAACCUUGGAUAAGAGACUUGUGCAAGUUAUAAAUACAGAAAAUACAAAUAUGACACCUGAUUCUUCAUCAGAGAACAUGACUAAGGAAACAUCUACAAGUACUGAGAGAAAUGGUCAUGUUGGUUCCGCUGCUUGUGGUUUGAAAUCAAAAGAGGCAGCAGAUUCUGAUAAUGUAGGUGAACUCCCUAUUUGUUCCUUACGUCAAACAAGAAGAAGCAAAAGUGGAAAAUGUUCUCCAAAACUUAGUGGGGAAGACAUCCAACUUUUGGAAAUAGAAGCAUUGGGUGACCAGAAAACUGAAGAGGGAGGAGUAAGCUUUGAACGCAUAGAAGGUUUUGAUAAGUCGUGUUGUGAGGAUGAAGAGUGUGGUGACUCUAAGGUGCUGCUGGCGACAGAUGAGAGGGGCCACAUGGCAUUAUUGCAUGGGAAUCCAGAUUCUGUUUCUCUCUUAAGUGAACAAGUUGUUGGAUGUGAAGAUAACAGUUCCUCUCUUUGCAAUUCUCGGCAAGAACCAUGCUGGUUGACACUGAGGGCUAACUGUCACGCUUUCUAUGGGGAUUGUGGUUUCCUGGAUGAUACCAAUAUCAAGUCGUCUCGUUCCUCAUCUGUACAUCCUUUUGUCCAUAAGAAGUUGAUUCAAAUGCAGAAAGCAUUAAUUACCAGGCAGGAAAAUUCCCGAUUACUUUGUAAUGUUGGCAGUGGACAAAUAAAAUCGGAGCCAAGUGGAAGUUCUUGUGUCAAAGAGCAACAUGAGCAAUUUGAGGAUACUGUAACUGAUAGUUCAACAGAUCCAACAAGAUGCAGACAGUUGGAUAGGGCAAGGAAGAUGGGUAUUUUGGACCUGUCACCUGUAGAUGAGAUUGAGGGAGAGAUUUUAUUCUUACAGAACAAGCUUUUGGAAAGUGCAGUUGCCAACAAGCGUCGUUGUGAUGAUUUGGUUUAUAAGAUCAUUACUGGUCUCCCUAGAGAGCUGGAUCUAUUAAGGAAGCAGAGGUGGGAUGCGUUGGUUGUCAAUCAGUUUCUUUGUCAGGUUAGGGAGGCAAAGAAACAGGGAAGGAAGGAGAAAAGAUUUAGAGAAGCUCAGGCUGCAGCCGCUGCUGCAACUGCUGCAGCAGCUGCUUCUUCAAGGUCGUCUUCCUUAAGAAAGGAUGCACAUGAAGAGGUUCUUGCCGAAAAUACUCAUCAUGAGGGUCCUUUAAGGGUUACUUUUACAAGUGGAAGGGCUGGGUCUUACUCUCAGUUGGUUCCUCGCGCAAAGGAAACUCUGUCAAGAUUGGCUGUCACAAAGUUUUCAUCAGACAAGCACUCAGAAUUUCGCAAAGACCAUCCAUUCUGUAGUGUUUGUGGAAGACGCGAUAGGGUGUCAAACCGUGUCUCAGUUUGUGCCAGUUGCAAGGUUGCUGUUCACAUGGAUUGCUAUCACAUACUUAAGAAUCAUGUUGCACCAUGGUGUUGUGAACUUUGCGAAGACUUUUAUAGGCAGUAUAGAGGAUCUGUGCAUAUGAAUAUCCGCGAGAGGCCUGACACUGAAUGCAGCUUAUGUGGGCGACUAGGUGGUGCAUUUCGCAAAACUACUGAUGCACAAUGGGUUCAUGUUACAUGUGCUGAGUGGUUGCUGGAAUCAACAUAUGUGAGGGGACAACCAUACCCAGUCGAAGGAAUGGAAUCUCUUUCUAAAGAAAGAGAUUUGCAUACUUGCUGCUUUUGCCGAAGUAAACAGGGUGUAUGCAUAAAGUGUAGUUUUGAUGACUGCAAUAGUACCUUUCAUCCUUCUUGUGCCAAGGAGGCCAACUUGUAUACAAGUGUAAAGGUUAUUGAGGGAAGGAUUAAGCAUAAAGCUUAUUGCAGGGCCCAUGGGCCAGAUCAGAUGGAAAAGGUUGAGUCCAAAUCUCAUGGAUCAGAAGAGCUAUCCAUAAUCAAAAGGAUGCGGGUUGAUUUUGAGCAGCUGAGGAUCCUUUGUGAGCGGAUCAUCAGAAGAGAAAAGUUGAAGCGGGACUUGGUGAUGUGCUCUCACGACAUGCUUGCUUCAAAAAGGGACUGUGUUGCUUUCUCUGUUCUUUAUAAUAGUUCAUUUCUCCCACCUGAUGUGAGCUCUUGUUCGGUGACCACAUCACUUCGGGGAUGUACUGAUGAUAACAAAUCCUGGAGUGAAGUAAUGCAAAGAUCUGAUGAUGUAACAGUGGAUAGCACUCUCUCUGGUGUUCGUAGCAGUUCACAUCCUGUGCACUUGGAUAUGGAAAUUAAAAGCAGUGACAGGUCCAAAUCCAUAAAGCCUUAUGCAAGGAAGAGAACUGAUGAGAUGCCAACUGCUGGCAAGCACCUUCCUGACCAAUCUGUGUCUGGCGGUUUCUGGAGUUCAACAGAUGAAAAGGGUCGGAAAGUGAAGUGUAGGAAGCAUACAGAAACCCUUCAGAAAGAGGUGGUAAUGACACCAAUUGAAGCCUCAGUGCAGAACCAGCGGCUGCCUAAAGGUUUUGCUUAUGUUCCUGUUGACUGUCUUGCCAAGGAGCAGCUAGUCAGCCAUGAAGCGGAGAUUCAUGAUUCGCAUAGCUAGAUGAUUCAUCCUGUGGGUAAGAUAUCUUUUCGUUCCCUUGCAGCACUGUGUAUCACCAUGCUCUCAAACAGAAGCCACCUAUUCGCAAGCAGCCAAAGUUAGUGUUUCUGAUACUAAGGCCGUAAUGGACCCAGAGAAUGGGUGGUUUGAUGGAUGAGAUUCUUGAUGCUCCGCUCGGUCUAUCAAUACAACAUGCGGUUUCAUGAUUCCACACAGUUUUGGAGAUCCAGUUUGUGUAUCUAUUCUUGAGAGCAAAAAUGUACAGAGGUUGAAAAUUACCUUCCGCCAGUAUAUGUAUCAGGGUUGAAAGGCGGCCCAGAUUCUUCUUUAAAAGGGCCGAGGGGUUGCUUGCUUCUUCCCAUGUAACUAUAUGAAAAUGUAUAAGAAUCUCUGCUUUGCAGGUUUUGUAUGAUUUUGUUCAUUUUCUUGUUUCAAAAUUCCAUAAUUCGAGGCAGUAGUCAAAUAAAUUCUACACCAAUUAAUUGGGUCUGUUU